CGUUUUGGGGGCGACACAAAUUUGGCGCUAGACGUGUGUGGCCUUUGGAUUAAAGCAGCAAAGAAAUCAAAAGGGAUCGUAACGACGACGCGUCGUUGUUCUUUCAAGUGUUUGCUUUUUCUCUUUGUCAAUUCCCAUCUGUUGUCACCCUUGAUCGUCGGGUAGCCCGAGCGGGACGGGGGGAAGAGGGUGCACCUUUGCGCAGAGGCAGCCUCGGCGCCCGAGAGGCUCCUCUGGGUGCACAAAGGCAGCGGCACGCAGUGCAACUUCGCACGGCACGAGCGAACCAGCCACGCCGAAUACGCUCCGGAUCGGCCGAAUCGGCUCGCGUAGCCUCCUCGACACAACACCCGGCAGGAGAUACACGGUGAAGUCGGCGUGUCGGCACCAUGGUGAAGACCAAGUCAGCCGGAAGGAAGAGCGCUCACACCGUCCGCCAACAGUCUCUCCAACCAGAUGCGGAGGAAAUUCCACACAGUUCGAACACGGAACCAACUCCGCCGCCGGAGUGCGUCUCUGACAACCUCGGCACUCCCGCUCCUACCGAGGCAGAGGCUAAAAGUCCUCCAGAAGCCCCAGCGGACAUCCUGGCAAAGGGUGAUUGCUCUGCCCUGGCCAAGCCGCUGUGGAAGCCCAUCCCCCCUCUGCUCCCAGAGCCCGACAAGGGACCCGCCCCCGACACCCGGGACCAGAGCUGUCAGACCGAGGACUGGCUGAAGCAGACCACCCCUGGCACUCACAACGCAGGUCACUGCGUGGAGCCCGGAGAUCCUCCUGUGCUCCAGCAGCCCCUGCACACCUCCAAAUCUGGAAUCCAUCAGAUUAUUGAAUGCUUUCGUUCAGGCACCAGCCAACUGAGGCACAUGCUGCUGAGGGAGGUGGACACCAUCUUUGAGUGUAAGGUGUGUCGAAGUCUCUUCCGAGGCCUGCCCAACCUCAUCACACACAAAGACUACUACUGCCUGUCACGGCUGCCGGAACACGACGGCGAUGACCGACAAAGCGUGGCCCUUCAGGAAUUGACAGACAUCAUCUAUCACAGAGCCGACCGACCGGACUAUGUGGUACGGCUGGAGCCCAUCCAGAGCACCAGCAAGGCCGUGUACCAGUACCUCACCACCGAAGAGGAACUGGCUCGGUAUCCGUCGCGAGCGCCCAGUGCCAGGGAGAGUCCAGUCGCAUGGGAAGGAGAAACUGGGGAGGCUGACAACAACCAGACCGGCCAGCCCCGUGGUCCGGAGAGCCCAGCGCACAGCCAGGGUAGGAAGAGGUGGGAGGCGGAAGAGGAGGAGGCGAAAGAAGCGGCACCACAGCCUGAGGACGAGGGAUCCACUAGUGGGGUUGAGGACGUUACGAUCUCGUGCUGUCUGUGCGGUCAAGACUUCAACUCGCGCCGCAGCAUCCGACGCCACUGCCGCAAAAUGCACAAGACCAAACUGGAGGAGCUCCGCAAGUUCACCGAGACGCGGACGGUCCCGACGAGCCUGCUCUCGAUGGUGAAAGGUCGGCCACAGUCACUGAGCACACCGCCGGGAAAGUCGUGCCCCGUGUGCCUCAAAGUGUUCGCCACCAAAACCAACGUGCGGCGCCACUUUGACGAGGUGCACCGCGGUCUGCGACGGGACACUAUCACCCCCGCCAUCGCCUCGCGGCCCGGCCAGCCACUCUCUCUGGAGGCCACUCCACCCAAGAAGGGCAACAGCGCCUCGCCGCCGCAAAGCAGCACCUCCAAGUCGGGCCCUGUCAACGCCAAAGCGGCGCCUCUGAACCAGAACCGCGCAAAGCCUCAGAGCCAACCUCAGACGACAUCUCAGAGCCAACUGACGAGCCGCUGCACGCUGUGCAAGAGGAACUACAGCUCGCAGCUGAUGUUGAAAAGACACAUGCGCAUCGUCCACAAGAUAUACAGCGUCAAAAGUAACCGAUCAGUGACCACGCCAACUGCUACGCCGCCAACUGCACCUGCGACCAACACCACCAGCAGCAGCACCAGAGUGCUGCCUAGCAACAGUAUCCAAGUCAAACAAGAAGCGGUUGAACCCUUAGAAGAAGACGAGCAAGAUGAGGAAAUGGCCCAAAGUCCACCCGCGUCUCCCACUCAUAGCACGGGAUCGUCAAAAAGUGCCGUCGGGCUCUCUGCUGCCCUGAAAGUCAAGGAGGAGGAGACGGUGUGGAGCCCCAAGGCGGCAGCCGGCACGUCGGCCGGGAGUCCGGCGGCCAAAAACAAACUGUCGGUGGGCUUUGACUUCAAGCAGCUCUUCUGCAAGCUGUGCAAACGCCAGUUCAGCUCCCGUCAGAACCUGUCCAAGCACAUCGAGCUGCACAUGGACGGCAACGAAAUCUUCAUCAAGUUCUACCGCUGCCCGCUGUGCCGCUACGAGUCGCGCCGCAAGCGGGACGUCCUGCGUCACGUGACAGUGGUGCACAAGAAGUCGUCGCCUUAUCUGGCGAAGAUCAUGCCCAAACUGGAGAGCCGGGCGGUGAAGAGGCUCGCCGAGGCCGUCCUCAGCAACACCAACCCCAAGAAGCCUAGCAGCGGCAGCAAGGGGGAAGUCAACGGGCGCCACGCCUCCACUACGUCCUCCCCUUGCCCGUCGCCUCCCGUGACCCGCAAGCAAGACUCGGCGCCACCUUCCACCUCCGCCCGGAAAACCCCGGAGCUGCCGUCCCCAUCUCCCGCCCCCUCGCCGCCCGUUACGCGGAAACAAGAGCGUCAACAAGCCCACCAGCCUCGCCCCGUCAGCCCCCCGAUGACCCGUCGCAGCGACAAGCACUCGCAUCACCGCAAUCCAGCCUCCGCCUUGCCGACGAACACCCGCCGCCACGAUGCACCGUCCGAGAGCGGCGGCACUUCCGGAUCAACCUCCACCGAAGUCCGAGUGACCAAGAACUUCUCCUUGCACGCCUGCGACCAAUGUGGACGUGCCUUUGCAAAGAAGUUGUACCUGGAGUCUCACAAGCGAAGUCACCGCAACGCAGCGACGGCAGCGGGCAGCAGGAGGAAAGGAGUCAGCACACGUUCCAAAUCGCUCGUGUGGUAAAGAAGAAGAAGAAAUGCACCGUAAGAAACCUUUUGGCGCACUUUGCCUGCAGUUCUCUGCUCCUCCCAAAUGUUUCCUUUCUUUCCCAUCCCCCCCCGGGCCAAAACAUUCACCACACAAAAAACGUGAGUGCGUACUUGAGCUAGUGGCUUAAGAGGUGCGUUUGUACCCCUUUAUUUAUUCCCCCAGUAUGUAGAAUACGGGUCCCGUGAAGAGCUGAGUCAAAACGUUUCCCAGCUGUUUCCUUUUUGUGAAAUGGAGUUCUUUGUCUCGUGCCUCCUUUUUCCUCCGGCCGUGUUUCCUCCCACCUUCCGUCUCCUGCCUGCUUGGCUGGCACAAUGCUCGCCUCGGGAAGUCGAUUGAAAAUGCGGACCACGAAAGAAACAAACAAGAAGAACGGGGACAAACUUGCACCUAUUUUUUUCCCCCCCAGGAGAAAUACAUUUUUAAUCUUUUUUUUGGGGGGGGGGUAAGAGGAACUCCAGAAGAAAGCAGCGUGUAGUGUAAAAGGUGUCCAGAAGAUGGUGGUGCUACCCAUGAAAACUUUAUAUUCUGAAAGAACCAUUGAUGGAUGAAGAUGAACAGCCCCCCCCCC